CUCUGUCUCUACCCAUCCGUUCUCCAUUCCCUCCUGCAAGCAUGCUGUGAUCCUCAUCUACUUCGUUCCCAAACCGAGAGCUUAAAGGACUCCCCCCUUCUCCCCCCCUCUUUUUUUCGACCAACUCUCCUUCAUCCACCCAGGCGUUUACUCGGCGGAUUUUAUUGGACCGCGUCUAUUUUUCAACCCGGUCUUUGGGCUUUGCCGUCGGGGCUCGUGAGGCUGGAGAGAAUCGAGAAAACCUACCACAGGUGAAAGGAGGCUUUACGACGCUGCGGUAUAGAUGAUUGAACACUUUGAGCAUUAACUCAACGGCACCAGCGCACAGCGCGUCCUUUUACUAAAAAAUAUAGGACGGGAAAUUUGAACACACUUUGGAACAACUAAAGGGACGUUUACCAACUUGUGUUUCUGGACGAAUAGAAAAAAAAAAACACUGCGUUCAUUUCCUAACUGAGAUUCCUAUGGAAUAUGUGACCUUUUCUUUUGCGCACCUUCAAUCCGAGGAGCAAAGCAUUGCUUUUCUAUCAGUUGCUCCAUCCUGACAUGUCUUUUUUGUGUGGAAUUACACGCGGAGAUAUGAGCAUUGUGAGAGGCCGAGCUGGGUUGUGAGAUUACCAUCUUUUGCUUGUUAUUCGUCUCGUCAAAGAGGAAGUGCUCAGUUUGUUCAAUGGCUUCAGUGUCAAGGUUGGCAAGACGCAAAGAUGCCAGUCGCUGGCCGAGAAUGUCGUCAACUUUCUGGGCUGUGGUGCUUCUGACAGCGCUGCUGGUUCUCUACUGCGGCCAGCUGGCAGCGGGGACAUGUGAGAUUGUGACGCUCGACAGGGACAGCAGCCAACCACGGCGGACCAUCGCCAGGCAGACAGCCCGCUGCGCCUGUAAGAAGGGCCAGAUCGCUGGAACUACAAGAGCCAGACCUGCCUGCGUGGACGCUGGUAUUGUUCGGAAAAAGCAGUGGUGUGAGAUGGUGCCAUGCUUGGAGGAUGAAGGCUGUGACCUGUUAGUCAAUAAAUCUGGCUGGACUUGUACACAGCCUGGAGGCCGAGUCAAAACCACCACGGCUCUAUGACGUGACAAGAGUCCCCUUCGACACUCUUGCACUAUGGAGAGCAUUGAUGACCCCUUGACAGACAGCCAAAAACCAUCUGCCAACACCACCCUACCACCACUACCACCACCAUCAUCACAACAACUCCACCCAAACCCUGGUCCCGCAAAGGCAGGAAGCAACACAAGCAGUUACAGAGCACCGAGGGCCUCAUGGAGGCAGCAAGGUCUCAUAACACAGCCAGAGACCGGAAAACCAGGGAGCGACUGUUUGAGGGAGCAAGCUUUCUCCUGGACACUGGACAACUACUCGCUGUAAAACACUUUCCAUUUCCUGUGACUGGCCCCUCCGGAUUUGUGACUGCUCCCUCCUGCUAUCUGUCGUUGGGUCAAAAUGUUGCGAUCACCUCCUCUUCACUAUCCUGCUCGUGCCACAGAGGAUCGGACUCUUUAAAAAAUCCCAUGAAUGGUUUUUGCCGCAUCGGAAGUACUGUGUUUGAAACGGCUAACUGCUUUGAAUACAGGAUUUUCCAACACCUCUCUCCUAGCCUCUAGAGCAGGAAUUCCAGAGCAAAGACGGGAUCAUUACAGACCGGACGCUGUUGCUUCGCGGACCACUUUAUGAGGCUGUUAAAAAAAUUAACUGAGCGCUCUCUGCUGUGAAUAGGCCUUCUGCUGGAGUAAACCUCCCAUAUUUUUAUAGACCAAAGAGCAAAACAACAAAUACGAUCAUAAUGACGGAGUGGACCAUGUGGUAAAGACACACAGAGACUGUGAACUUGCCGUUUGUGUCGCCACCGACCAACGACUGCCCCCACAGAGACAUGGUGCACCCGUGGACCGACGCAAACCGAACCUGCCGUCCGGUGGCACAUGUACCGUAGUACUUUUAAAACUUUCCAGACAUUUUUUUCUCAGACUAAGCCCAUCACUGUAUUUUGGAACUGGAGAUAUAGGUACUACAUAUGUAUAACUGUGUAUGAAAAAAAAAAUCUGAUUUGCAUUUUUCAGUAGCUACUGUUGGGAAAGCUUGCAGAGGCAUUGUCAAGUUGGUCACGGACCAGGAGCGCAAAUCAUAUCAAAGAGAUGAUGAAUAUCUACAGAGUAUGAAUGCUAUUGAGUCUGAAAAGGAGUAAAGAAAUGUCAUUAAAUGUAUUUUGAAAGGCCCUAAAAAGUUAUAUAUUUAACAGUUUUAUAUGUUGUACCUUUGUAGAGAAGCUUAUUGGACUUAAAAUGUGGUCACAAUGGCAGUUUAGUAGGAUGUGAACAAAUGCUGUUGUUCUCAUUACUGCUGGCUCGUAGUCCCAGGUUUUCUGUUCACACCUCAGUAGCUGCUUUCUUUUCAUGGUCAUCUACAAGUCACUGUCUAUUAGAACCAUUAAUGAAAAAAAGGAAAGUGACACAAUUUAUUGAGGACUGAUCUGCAGCCAACUGAACAUUGUAAAUCUAUGGUAGUCAGUGGAAGCCAUUGAAAUCUGCUAAUUUGCUAUGAUAUUGUAUUGUACACGGUGUGGAAUACUGACUCAUUUCCUCUCUAUGGGUUUUGAUCUCUUAAUUUAUUUUUGUGCUUGUGUUUGUUCUCGCACAAAUCUGGCCUCUCUCUGACAGAGACGAAUACAACAAGGAGAGAAAGAAAGCAGAGGAAGCAUUGCAGUAUUAGAGUCAGUUACAUACAUUUUCUAUCAUGAAAUAUUUUAAGAAUAAAUUAAAUACAUAAAAAGAAA